GGACUCUCUUGGCCCUGGGUUGCCACGUGGGGCUGGCUGAUGAGCACGCCGUGGAGAAGGUGAAGAACCUCAAGCUCUCCGCCACUUAUGAGCUGUCUAGUGGCUACAAGCCUGCUCCUAUGGACCUGGGGCACAUCAAGCUGGCCUCUACCCAGGAGGCCAUGGUGGACAAGCUGGCGGAGAACGCUCACAAUGUGUGGGCCAGGGAUCGCAUACGCCAGGGCUGGACCUACGGCAUCCAGCAGGAUGUGAAGAAUCGUAGGAACCCCCGCUUGGUUCCGUACACUCUUCUGGACGAGAGGACCAAGAAGUCCAACAAGGACAGUCUGAGGGAGGCUGUCCGCACCCUGCUGGGGUACGGAUACAACCUGGAGGCUCCGGAUCAGGACCAUGCAGCCAGGGCAGACACCAGUAACAUGUCUGCAGAGCGGUUCCGUAUCUUCCGAGCUGAGAAGACGUACAGUGUGAACGCUGGGAAGUGGUACUUUGAGUUUGAGGUGCUGACGUCAGGGGAGAUGAGGGUCGGCUGGGCACGGCCUGGCUGUCUACCGGACCAGGAGCUGGGCUCUGACCAACACGCCUUCGUCUUCGACGGGUUCAAGGCCCAGCUGUGGCACCAGGGUAACGAGCACUUCGGCAGGUCCUGGGGUCCAGGUGACGUGGUGGGCUGUAUGGUGGAUCUGAACGAACACACCAUGAUGUUCACGCACAACGGAGAGGUGCUCCUCGACCACUCAGGGUCGGAACUGGCCUUCAAGGACUUUGAGGUUUGGGAAGGUUUCAUCCCGGUGUGCAGCCUGGGUGUUUGCCAGGUUGGGAGGAUGAACUUUGGUAAGGACGUGAGCACGCUGAAGUACUUCACCAUCUGUGGUCUUCAGGAAGGCUACGAGCCCUUCGGCGUCAACAUGAACAGAGACCUCACCAUGUGGCUCAGCAAGAGACUGUCUCAGUUCAUCCCCGUACCUCCGCAGCAUGAACACAUUGAGGUCACGAGGAUGGACGGCACCGUGGAGACUUUCCCGUGUCUCAAGGUCACCCAGAGGUCGUUCGGCUCCCAGAACAGUAACCCAGACAUCACCUUCUAUCGCCUCAGCAUGCCUAUAGAGUGUAACGAGGUGCUGGCCAAGUCACCUGGCGGGACGCUACAGUCUGGCGGGGGCUUCUCCUUCUCCUCUAAGAAAGAUCUGGACGACUUUGAGACCGUGUCCGACUUCGAGGUGUUGACGAAGUCUGCCCACUGCAACCUGGGCUCCAGUCUGGACAAGGAGAAGGACCAGUUCAACAACCACAAAGACUACAACCAGGAGAAACCCUCCGGGUUAAAGCAGAGAUUCAUGUUGAAGAGGACCAAGCCAGAGUUUACCAGCAGUAACUCUUCGGCCCGUCUAUCAGAGGAGGUGUUAGCUGACAGGGAUGACCUUGACUUCUUCAUGCAGACCUCCACUUACUACUACUCAGUGAGGAUCUUCCCAGGUCAGGAGCCCAGCAGUGUGUGGGUUGGCUGGGUGACCUCUGACUUCCACCAGUACGACAUGUCCUUCGACCUCCAAAAGGUCCGCACCGUCACCGUAACCCUGGGAGACGAGAAGGGCAAAGUUCACGAGAGCAUCAAGCGUAGUAACUGCUACAUGGUGUGGGCUGGAGAGAGUACGAGUCCUGGUCAGGGCCGGAACAACAACGGUCUGGAGAUUGGAUGUCUGGUGGACACAGUUAACGGACUGCUAACCUUCACUGCCAACGGGAAGGAGCUCAGCACCUACUACCAGGUGGAGCCCAGUACCAAGCUGUUCCCUGCUGUGUUCGCUCAGGCCACCAGCCCCAGCAUCUUUCAGUUUGAACUAGGACGUAUUAAGAACGUCAUGCCCCUGUCAGCGGGCCUGUUUAAGAGUGAGAGGAGGAACUCCUGUCCCCAGUGUCCUCCCAGGCUACAUGUCCAGUUCUUGACCCCGGUGCUGUGGAGCAGGGUACCCAACCACUUCCUCAAGGUGGACGUAUCCCGGGUCAACGACCGCCAUGGCUGGCUGGUCACCUGCUCUGAACCGCUCCAGUUCAUGUCCCUGCAUAUACCUGAGGAGAACAGGUCAGUUGAUAUCCUGGAGUUGACUGAGCAGAAGGAUCUGUUGAAGUUCCACUACCAUACUCUGAGGUUGUACUCUGCUGUGUGCGCUCUGGGGAACAACCGUGUGGCCCACGCCCUCUGCUCCCACGCCGACGAGGCACAGCUGCUCUACGCCAUAGAGAACAAGUACAUGCCUGGUCUCCUCAGGACUGGAUACUACGACCUGCUCAUAGACAUCCACCUCAG